UAUUUGAUUAAUGAUACGAAAUGAUUACAUAUCAUGAGUCACGCAUGGGCUGGUUAACUAUAAUCUGACAUACGAGAUAAAGAGACUGGGCAUCGGAUGUAAGCCGCUAAGAAGUUGGGGCGGAAACGACUGUGGACAAGCCCAGUCUAUAUCUGCCGCUCGGACGGAAACGAGUACAAAAACGGAGGAAAAGUAUACUACUGCACAACUAGAUUGUUGAUAAAUAAUUCAUUCAACAUGUCCGAUAUCGAGACUAUCCAUGUGAUUUCCAAAAAAGAUAACAGCCAACAUGCUGUUGUCACUAUUGAGAAUCCCUUAAGGCAACUGCCACCUUCGUCGGUUCGCGUGCGGCCGCUUUUACUCAGUUUGAGCUCCAAUAGCCUUUCCUAUGCACGUGGCGGGGAGAAACUUCAUUGGUGGGAUACCUACCCCGUCCCAAGUGCAGCACCGGCUCCAUACAACGACCAAUCGGCGUGGGGGAUCGUCCCGGCAUGGGGGUAUGGCACCGUGCUCGAGAGCACGACUGAUAUCGCACCUGGAUCGACACUCUGGGGGUUCUGGCCGACGUCAGGACUCCCGACGGAUCUUACGCUGAUCCCGGGCGAGCCGCGCGGGCAUUGGAUUGAGGUUAGCGAGCACCGGCAACGUCUCAUGACCUACUACAACCGCUACGAGGUCGUGCAGGAAGAUGAUCGGGAUAACAUGGCCUGGGCUGCCUCCAUGAUCUGGGGCGCCGGGUAUCUGCUCAGUGAGUAUGUCUUUUCGCCUACAGGAACGCCUGUCCAUCCCUACGGUGGUGCGGCUGGGCUGCCCUGGACUACUGAGGAUGCGGACUUGUCGUCUGCGGUUGUUGUUAAUUUGGCUGCGUCGACCAAGACGGCGCGCUCCUUUACGUAUAACCUUUUGUGUCGGCCCGCUGGGUCCGGGCCGUUGGGUGUCUUGCAGAUUACUUCUUCGCCUGAGGCUCUGGAGCGCGCUGCUGAGCGGCAGAUUGCGAAACGUCAGUUGGUCGCUGGGCCGGUGAAGGCUCUGGCUUAUUCUGAUGUAGAUCAGGCGGUGCCCUGGUUGGUUGGCCUGAAGCCGUCGAAAUUGGUGAUUAUUGAUUAUGGGGCUCGGGAUAAUGUGCUUCUGCGACUUCGCGAACUGGUGCAGACCCAUGAGGCGCUUCAGAACUGCAAGGUUGUGAUUAUCCAAGUUGGAGGCCAGCAGAAGGUGUACACAGCGGAUGAGCUGCGCGAAGCCUAUGCAUCUAUCCAAGCGCUGGGCAAGAUUCAAUCCAAUGCGUCUACUACCCGGGAUACGGCGAUUGAACUUGACGGCCCCGAUGCGUUUUUCGAUAGAAUGAAUCAGCGGUGGAAGCAAUGGCUUGAUGAUCGCGCGUCCACGGUCUCUGACUUGCGUCUGGUCUGGGGUAAGGGGGUUGCAGGCACCGAGGGGAUAUACGGCGGAUGGGAGCGGCUGACGAAGGGGGAUGUCCGUCCAGAGGAGGCGCUGGUGUAUAUGGUCUAAGGGGAAUGCGGUUGUUUGGGCUAGCAGCGACUUCGUGAGGUCGGACUCUCCGUAGAGGGGUUGCAACAGCAUACUCCGUAGAAAUGUCUAUUAUGGAGUACGAGACCCCUGUUUGCAAACAUAUUGUUUAAAACGGUAGAGCUCA